AUGGCCGAGAUGAAGACGCAUGUCUUCAGGAUCGCGAAACCUCCUCAAGAGAAGAAGAUCAAGAGGAUCUGCGAUGCUCGGCGACCAUCUUGUCUUCGCUGCCAGAAGCGCGGUGACUCCACCUGCACUUAUGAUACUCAGAGCCUGGAAGAGACCCGGAUGCAGGCCAUGAAGCGCGAGAUGAACGACAUGAAGGCGAAGCUUGAUGGUAUCGCACAGAGCUUGACUGCGUUGAAAGACUUGCCGUCCGAUGGCGCAGCUCAGAUGAUCCUAGAUGUCUUAAAAGAGCCAGAUCCUACAGCAUCGCUGAUUGAGGUCGGGGUCAAGAUCCAGCGGCAGUCAUCGAAUCUCAACCGCCAGAUAUCGAUGCUGGACACUAUGCGGGCAACGUUCCCGAACACUAAGUCGAACGUUCAGUUCGAGCUUUAUCUCUUCUUUCCGAAGUGGUAUCCGCCAUUGACAGGCGACGAGAUCCAGUCUGCCGCCAACGAGCGUCGGCCUCCUGAUCUUCACGAAUGGCAAACCCGAAGAGGACAGAAUCUUUGCUCAUCGCCACAAUUCACCCCCUCGGCUUCUGCUGACCUGCAGAGUGAACAACAGCUAUCGGAUGGAUUUCGAAUCGCCUCGUGGAAUCUUUGGAUUGGAAGCAUUUGUCUCAGAUUUUGGACGGAUGUACCGAUAAGCACCGGUUUGGCCGAGGAAGCAAUCAACGUGUAUCUGCGUACAGAUCACAUUCUCUUCGGCUUCAUGGACACCGAGCUUUUUCUGAGAGACUUUUGCAAGUGCAGCAAAAGACAUUGCUCGACAGCUCUCGUCAAUGCAGUGCUGCUUUAUGGUUGUUUGAAGAUAGCGCGGUGCGUCGACGAAGCUGCUGGGAUUGUCGAAUCGCUCCAGGUGGAGACCGAGAAAGCCCUUCGAAACGACUCAUCGAUCGAAGUUGCCAGGAUGGCUGCACUGAACGUGUACUAUACUGCUGUCCUCUUUAAUCAUCCUUCCGAGCAAGUCGCGAACUUCCUAGAUCAAGCGAUUGAUCUGGCUGACACUCUCUAUGGUUGGAACGAGCCAUCUGCACAGUAUGAAGCCUGGGCUGCUUCACCCGAAGACGAGGCGGCAUUGUCGCAUGUUGUCUGGGGUGUCUUUGCCAGCGCUUUAUACAACUCUCACCGCUGGGGAGAGAGGGAGCCUCCCCCAGUCCCAAGACUGCCUGUGCCGUAUCUCGAGGUAUCGACGAGGACAGUGGUGGACAUCCCGGGCUCAUCGCGCGCUGACGUCGAUAAAAUCGCCUGCGAACGUUAUAUCUCCGCUGCCAUCAAUUCGAAUCUCACAUACAUGAGGGAAGCCAUUAUGCUGAAUCUGUCGGCCGACACACUAUCUGACGAGGAACGCGCAUUGAAAGUCGCAUCGAUUUACCGACGCUCGUUGGCCAAUUCUGCGAAGACAGGACGUCCGGCCGCUUUGCAUGCUGGAGUGACUGACGUUGCGGCAAUCGCGCAAAUGUGGGCCCAUCUCUGGAUCUUAAGCAUCUUCCAACCACUGACGCAUUACCGUGGUGCCAUCCCAGGGUUCCAGGCUGGUGGUACUGCAGGAGCAAUAUUCGUGGCCUCGGCGAGACAAUUGCAGCAUGUUGUCUUCCUCUACCAGCGAUACUUCUCCCUGGCGCCGCCGACGAUCGCGUUGAACGGACCCGUCUUCGUAGCAGCAACCGCCUUGACACAGAUCAGGCGAGUGUCAAACGCGGCUGUUACGUUUGAGACCCUGCUAUGGUUGUUCGCUGACCUCGCCGUCUCUUUCCGCAGCCUGCGAGAUCUCAUGCAGACACUGCUACUCAUUGGCUACCAAGCCGGCUUCGUCGACGAGGAGAGACUUCGCUUCAUGACCGACCGUUUAUCGAGGGCGUACAGGACUGGGCGCAAGAGAAGUUCCCUUAACGAGGCCGCAUUCGUUGUGGAUUCUGGAGUCCCGCAGGGCUCGCCAACGGCCACUCCCAAAGACAAAAGCUAUGACUUGCACUUGUCUGCAACACAUGUUAUCGACGAGCUCGAAGACGACGAGGGGCUUUGA